AACUUCGUUACCACAUCCACCACACGGCGCCAUAUUAGAUAGAGAGUGUCCUGCUGCGGACGAAGUCAAAGAAGGGGAACAGUAAGUUACUCCAGAUGACGAGGGUACUCAGGCCCCAGUAGUAAUCUCGCUAAACAUCGGAGGUAACUGCUAUAUGGUUAAAAAGAAGUAACUGGAAUAAUCUCGGGCAGAGUAGUCCGAGGCGUUGUUUCUCGCGUCGUGUAGCUAACUUGCCAGCAGACAUGACUUCCUUGACUCUGCGGAGUUCGGGCCUCGUGCAGAGGCGGACCGAAGCCUCGCGCAACGCCGCUGACAAAGACCAUCCGUCCGGCGAGGAGGACCAUGAGCCCCGACGGGGAGACGAGCAGGACGAUAACGAUACUGGAGACUCCAAAGAAACACGCCUCACCUUGAUGGAAGAAGUGCUGUUGUUAGGACUAAAGGACCGAGAGGGCUACACCUCGUUCUGGAAUGACUGCAUUUCAUCAGGUCUGAGAGGCUGCAUGCUGAUAGAACUGGCCCUGCGAGGACGACUUCAGCUGGAGGCUUGUGGCAUGAGGAGGAAAGGUCUGCUGGCCAGGAAGGUAAUUUGUAAGUCAGAUGCUCCGACAGGCGACGUGCUCCUGGAUGAAGCUCUGAAACACAUCAAAGACACCCAACCCCCGGAGACCGUGCAGAGCUGGAUCGAACUGCUCAGUGGGGAGACGUGGAACCCCCUGAAGCUUCAUUAUCAACUGCGGAACGUCCGUGAACGACUGGCCAAAAACCUUGUGGAAAAAGGCGUCCUCACUACUGAGAAGCAGAACUUCCUGCUCUUUGACAUGACCACACAUCCUCUGACUAACAACAACAUCAAGCAACGCCUCAUCAAGAAGGUCCAGGAGGCCGUACUGGACAAGUGGGUGAAUGACCCCCAUCGAAUGGACAAGCGGCUGCUUGCGCUCAUCUUCUUAGCCCAUUCCUCCGAUGUCCUGGAAAAUGCCUUCGCCCCGCUGCUAGACGACCAAUAUGACCUGGCCAUGAAGAGAGUGCGGCAGCUGCUCGAGCUGGAGCCCGAGGGGGAGAGCAUGAAGGCCAACACCAACGAGCUGCUAUGGGCUGUGGUGGCUGCUUUCACCAAAUGAGGUGACCACACAGAGGACAGAAAGCAGUCGAGGCGUUCAAAGUGGCAUUGUACGUUGGGGUAGGAGUACUGGCCCCAACAUGGUGACGUGACUGAAGUACAGUUUCCCCCCUGCCUGGACUUUUGAAAUGGGCUGCCCUCUCUUCUUGUCCCUCAUUUUCUUAUCCUUCCCGAUAAGUGUUGAUCCUUGUUGCCCCUCCCCGGUGUCAUUUCACUUUUGCUAAAAAAUAAUAACUGACUGAACUCUGAAUGAAGUGGUUGGUGAUAUUGGUGAGGCUGAAAUUAGGAUGUCAAUUCAUAUCCUUUCUUUUCUAUUGGGUCUGUCUUUGAGCUAGUUUCUGAAAGGUACGUGGCACAGGUUACUAGGGUAGCAUCCUGACACACCUGAGGAUACAGUAACCUUGACGUACAUGUACUGAUCCAUGUACAGGGCAGAGAGGCUUUAAAUGGAUAUCCUCUAACAAAUGUGUCUUCAGUGUCACAGCAUUCUGUGGCUUUCAGAAUUAGUACUAGGAGACAAGGAAUGUGGUCAGAUCCAAAAGAGUCCAUUACCUAGUACUGAGUGGGGUCAACAUUAAGGACUCAUUUCCAGAUGUUUUCUCCGUUUUACCCCAUUUAUCUAUUAAAUAGACAUGUGCAGGCACGUAGGGGGCUGGAGACUCUCCCAGCUCACACCGGCCAGGGGGAGGGGUACACCGUGGACCCUGUAUAUCACAGGGCUGACACACCGAGCGAGACAACCAUUCAUCUGCAGCCAAUUUAAAGCUUCCAGGUCACCUGACCUGUAUGUCUUUGGACUGUGGGAAAGGCCCCAUCCCUGCUGGAUUCAGACUGAAGAUAUUCUUGCUGUAAGACUACAGCGCUAACCACUGAGAGACCGUGCCACCAAACAUUCCAUCCCUUCUGCCCAAAGUUGCGUAGAAGAUCAAGCCUAGACAUGAAUAGAAGCUUAUUGUACAGUCGGGGAAGAUGGAGUGCAUUGGUUACUUAGACCUCAGCUCAGUUUAAUAGUUUAGAAAAACUUUCAAAAUGAAAAGCCAAAACUGUUGAACAUGAUUAGAUCUGUUCAGGGUAUUGUGUAAAAAUAGUGCUGGAGUAAUACAAUUCUUAAAUUCUGCUAACAGUGUAGAAUUGAUGGGCUAUAAUACAAUGAUGAUGGAAGGGAUAUAUAUAAAUAUUAAUAAUGAUCCUUUCAGACAUUAAAAAGUGAAAAUAGGUCACACUGUUUAAAAUAUCCUUUGGCCAGUAGUUUGUGUUUAUAACGAAACAUAAAUUGUAGAUGCACUGUCAAAAUGUGUGCAUGUCUAAUAUAAGACAGGGUCCAUUCAGGAUUCCGGUCUGUAAGUCGGUAAACUUAUCUUAGUCUGGGUGCAGUGUCGUGACUUUGGCUUGUAUCUCCUUGAUAAAAACACAUUUGUAAUUUGCAGGAACUAACGGAGGACAGCAGGCCCGAUCAGUGCCAGCUGUCCUACGUUAGUUCUGGACUUAUAGCUUCCAUUUACUGGUGAAUUUAAAUAUAAUCAGAAUUGAAGUCAUGCGCAGGGCUUAAUGCAGGAGAAAUGCAUUUCUGAUGGUCUUCUCCUCAGCUUUUGAGUUUGUGUAUGCUACCUGGACUUCGAGCAUCAGGAGCAAUAAACCCCCUCAAGUCAUGCUCAAGACAAAUAUCAUACUCUAAUAUGAAGAUGGAUUUGAAUUCUGAGUCUUCUCCAGCACACUGGAGGUCCAAGAUGUGUCAAGUUGCUAUUAAACAGACCGGAUCAGACACAAACUGCUAGCAGCUCAUUGACAUGAUUAGAUUUGAUAGGCUUUAUUGCCUGUGUUUAAACCUAAUGAAAGAGAGACACACUGUGUGCAGUGACUCCACACAGCAUCUAAUGUCCUCACUGUGGAAGCCUUGUCUGUAAAUCAGGCAGCUUCAGAGAUGGUGGUGUAUUUCUUUCCAUUUUUCACGGAGCUAGGCUGGCAGUUCAUCCUGCUUCCAGGCUGUGUGCUCUGCUAAACGUAAUCCAGACCUGUCACUGUACUGAUUGCACAGAUCUGAAUAGAUUGAUCCUUUCAUGUGGGCAUGGGCUUGCUGCAUUUCCUAAACAGUCAGUGAUUUUAUUUUAUUUUUUCUGAAAAUAAAUCCACUGGAUUUUACUAAACUUUGAAAAAGUCGAAUGGAUUAUCAAACAUGCUCACAAAAGCUGGGCUCACAUUCCAGAAGCUGACACGUAUACUUGUAUACUCUACUCGUAUUUAUAUCAGGCAAAAAUUCAAAGGUCACUUUGUAACAAUUGCAUGUCAUGGUUCAGCUGCACUGUCUGUGAGAAUAAUGGACAUUGUGCUGUAAAAACAUUCAACUAAGCCUUUUCACCACGGACCAUACAUUGCUCUUAAUUUUCUACUGCCUCAGUGUUCUUUUCACAUUUGUUUAACUGUUCUGUUUUAACAAACUUUUGCUACUCAGCCUCAUGGAGCUUGUGAAAGGCUGUAUUACAGAUAGCCUCCUCCUGUUAUUGUAUGUAGCAAAGGGCUGGGGGGGAUUAGUGAGUGACCAAUCACCUCACAUUGCAGAGUGAAUAUGAGAUUAUAUAUGUUACCUAAAUAAAGGGACCGCCAGUCUGUGUGUUUUCUUUGACCCUAGAAAAAAAUAAACCAAGUGCUUGGAAGUGCCUAAUCAUA